CAAUAAUCUCGACAGCAACAAAACGAUGGCAAAGGGCGGCAAGAAGAAGGGUGGCAAGCGCAAGCGAACCCAAUGGGAUGACGAGACGGACGACAUGCCUAAGAAGCAGCGUGGAAGUUCCGAAGAAGCGGGCGGCCGCAAGAAGCGCGGGGAAAGUAUGUUCACGCAAUGGAAGAAGCAAAAGCAGGUGUUGACCCAGAAACGGCGCGUGGUCGAGUCCUCCAUUGCCCAGCGCAAGCAUGGACAGUACAUUCGCUUGAAGGGAGUGAAGGAUGUCGACGAUACCGACGAGGAGCAACACGACUACGAAGGAAAGGACGAGGGCUCGGAUGUCGACACGGGGAGCUCCGACGACGACGACGCCAAGCCAUCCGCAUUCAACUCGUUCGUGUCGAGAUUCCAGCGACAAACGCCUAGUUUCCAGGAACAUGACCAGAGCGAAGAUGAGGUAGAGGAUGUCGAAAGCGAUCAAGGAGACAUCGUUGAGGAAGGUUCGGACGAAGAUGGACAGGAGAAUGAAGACGUCCAGCCGACCACCGAAGAUGCUGAAAGCGAUGUCGAGUCCGAAGAAGACGACGAAGUACCGGUGGAGCAUUCCGCCGGGGACGACGAUGACUCGGAUCCGUAUCGCCAACGUUAUCUCAAUCAACAAUUGACCGUUGCGGAUGUGGAUGUCUUAUCCCAGAAACCCCACCCAUUCCAAGUCGUGGAGCUCUGGAAAGACUUGGAAAUGAGCGUGCGGCCAGUCCUGACUCCUGUCACGUCCAUCGGAGGAGCGCGGCCGUUAUCGCAUAUCCGCCGUCGAUUAAUGGACACGUGGACCCAAAAGAACGUGGCAGACAUCACGCCACUGCAACAACUCUUGCAUGGGGCGUACCACCAAUAUCAAGACGUGUUGUUCUGCAACCAAUCCGCCGAGACCUUGGCCGAGAUUCGACAAGUCACCAUGAUGCAUGUCGUGAACCAUAUCCUCAAGUCCCGCGACACCAUUGCUCGUCAUAACGAACGGUUGAGCAAGAAGGGGGCGUCGGACGAGGCCGAGUACCGCGACCAAGGCUUCAGUCGGCCUACAGUACUUGUCCUGGCGCCGCUCCGUAGCUCGGCACAUGCGCUCGUGCAUCAACUCUUGGACCUCUUGCCGUCCACAGUCACGUCGGUCCACAACAAAGACCGCUUCGACGAAGAAUUCGGCGAUGACCAAACCGACGACACCGCCGACAAAGAAGACGGGACCGAGUGGCAGCAGAUCUUCCAAGCUGGGAACAACGACGAUGCGUUCCAAAUCGGCAUCUCCUUUGCUCGCAAAUCCGUCAAAUUGUACACGGACUACAGCCGCGCAGACUUGAUCAUUGCAUCUCCAUUGGCUUUGCGUCAGAAAGUGGGAGAUAUCUUGGUCGACAUCGUCCCCGGCGACAAGUCGACGUUGAAACUCCCCGUGGAUUUCUUGUCGUCCAUCGAAGUUUGCGUCCUCGAUUCAGCCAGUGUGUUCCUCAUGCAAAACAUGGACCACGUCCGCGCCGUCAUGAACGCGAUCAACGUCACACCCAAGGAAGCGCCGCAUGCCGACUUUUCCCGCAUUCGCGAAUGGAACUUGAACCAUCAAGCGCACUACUUUCGUCAGACGAUCGUGCUGGCGCAUGCCGCCGACGCCCAGCUCAACAACCUGCUCACCAAGUCCUGCCACAAUUUCCGCGGCGUGACCCGCCUUGCGCCCGUCUACGACCUCCACCACGUCGUUCCUUCCGUGUCCCAUGUCAUUCCUUCCAUCAAGCAGAUCUUCCAGCGCCUGGACACUCCAUCUCAACCCGCCACUUGUCCCCUUGUCAACGAACCCAACGCUCGAUUUGAAUACUUUGAACGUCAGAUCCUGGCGCCGCUGUUGGACCACCCGUCCAAGCACACGAUGAUCUUCGUGCCGUCGUAUUUGGACUUUGUCCGCGUUCGCAAUGUGUUUGCGACCCAAAAACGACUCAUCAGCUGUGCCGCGAUCUCGGAAUAUUCCACCGACGCUCAAAUUUCAAGAGCGCGGUCCCGCUUCUACCACGGGCAAAUCCACGUGUUGUUGAUCACGGAACGCUUUCACUUCUACAAACAAUACAAGGUACUCGAUCGAUGAUAUUAUAUAUUUCAAGGAUUCAGGGCAUUUAUAUGUAUAUAUAUAUUUGUCUAAAUUAAUGUAUUUGGGUGAAUUGUUUUUUCGUAGAUCCGAGGCGUCCGUCAAGUGUUUUGGUAUGCGCCGCCUUCGUUGGGCCCGUUUUAUGCCGAAGUGUUGAAUGCGAUGGAUCCCGAAGAGGAUUCCAAGAGUGUGGUGGUGUGCAGUCGCUUCGACGCCCUUCGCAUGCAGCAGAUUGUGGGAACCAAGAAAGCCCAGCGUAUGUGCGGAUCUACACCCGACACAAAGUCGGUGUACAUGUUUUGCUAAGGACUAGGAUAGUGGGGACGUAUACUAGUUAACGACAUUUGCACAUAGAUUUCUUACAGCUGUUGAAUGCGGCAUUCAAAUUUAGCUUUGGAGAUACUACUAACUGUAAAAAAGUAUUAAUAGUACCGUAUUCCGU